AAACUGAAGGUGAAAAAAUUGUUGAAGAAAUUAUGGAAGAUGUUGAAGAAAUUGUUGGAGAAACUAUGGAAGAUAUUGCAGAAAUUGCAGUAGCUGCAGAAUCUACAGAUGUUGUAGAAGAAGAACAGAUUUUUGAACAAUUUGAUAUUGAUAAUAAUUUAUAUAAAAAAUAUAUAAAUGACCAACUUAUCAA